GUCAAAAGUACUUUGACUACCUAGCGGUAGUAAUUGGCUAUAAUUCAACAUUUUGAUAAUAAUCAAAAAUGGACGGAGACGGGGCCGAAAAUUCUAAACCAAAUUCGAAGUCAUUUUCAGGAAUCCCCGAAGCUGUAUUUGUUGACAAUGUGGAUGAGUUUAUGAAUUUGCCUGAAAAUUCUGGGGGAGUGGAUAAGGUUUUGAGAAGUUUGGAUGAACAACAUGGCAAAUAUAAGUUUAUGGAGUAUACUUUGGCCACCAAAAGAAGGCGUCUGCGCCAGCAAAUACCAGAUUUGUCCCGUUCUCUGGAAAUGAUUGAAAAAUUAAAAAGUCAAACUGAUGAAAUGGAAACACAGUUUUUACUUAGUGACCAAGUAUUUGUAAAGGCUAAUAUACCACCAACUAAAACUGUAAACUUGUGGUUAGGAGCUAAUGUGAUGUUGGAAUAUACAUUAGAAGAUGCAGAAAAGUUACUGUCAUCAAAUAUGGCCACAGCAAAGAAAAAUUUAGAGUGUGUGGAGCAUGACUUGGACUUUUUACGGGAUCAAUGGACUACAACAGAAGUAAAUAUGGCUAGAGUGUACAAUUGGGAUGUAAAACGACGUCAGGCGGCCAAGGCCUCUAGUUAAUAAAUACAAUCCAUUAAUAUUCUUCACAAUAAAUAAAUAAUGUUCAUAUAAUUUAUACAACUCACAAAAUUUGCACAUUAUGGUCUCAAAAAACGAAAUGUAUGACCUCUAAUUUAUGUUAUUACUUUCUAUUUAGUGUGUAUCUGGGUUUUUAUCAGUUUGAUUGCUUUUUCAUAUAAAUCUCUAAACACAAACACAUUAAUUAUUUAUUGUACAGGGUGUAAGGAGCAGGUUGGCAAACAUCAAAAUAGAUAACUGUUAUAAACAUGCAAAACCAUUUUAGUAUUACCUUUUUUUUUACUAGUCGUCAAUUAAAUGUACUAAGUUUAUUUUUUAUAGAUGGAUGUUGAGGAAAUUUGUAAUUUUAUUAUAUUUUGAUUUGCUGGCGAACAUACAGAUGUAUUAGUAACUAGCGGCCGCCCGCGACUUCGUACGCGUGGACUCCGUUUUAUCAAAGGGGAUGAAUUGUGCAAAUCUCGCCGUAAAAGCAAUCCUUGGACUUCAACGAACAUUGAAAGAAAGAAUUGGUAAAAUUGGUCCAGGGGUCAAUCCAGGGGUUGUU